GCUGAGGACACCUAAGAUGUCGGCCGUUGAGUCAUCAAAGGCCGGCAGGGACAGUGAUGCAGGUGGAGAACACUUCACGUGGGGCAGACACGCACAGCGGUGGCUAGUCACUCAGCCUAAUGCUCCGAUGCAGGGAGCCGCGCGGAUACAUAAAAACCAUUAAGGCUUGUGAAAGAGAAGAAAAAUACGGAAUUGUUGAGCGAUAUUUUACGAACAUAGUGUACACAGAAGGGGUGUUAAAAAGAAGCAGUUGUCUUUCUCAUUUGAAUCACGUACAGCUGGUCCACUUGUUUUAACAUUUUUUUAAAUUAAGACUAAUUAUAUAUUGUUCUAGAAUAGGGUUGGGCGAUAUGGACCUUAGCACAUAUCACAAUAUUUUUAGGAGAUAUCACGAUAUGACGAUAUAAAACAAUAUAAAAUUUGAAUUCACUAGAGUCUUAAAAAAAGUUACAAAGCCAUAUAAUGAAAUACACUUGUCUCAAAUUGUCUACAUUGCUACUAAAUCUUCAACAAACUGUAAUGCCUAUGUUUGUGAUUAAGGAAGAUGUAGUCAACCAUGCAAUUCCAACUUCUUAUGGAAUAUAUUUUUUAUGACACUCUUGUUUUGUUUAUGCAUACAUAGGGAAAACGUCUCUUGUUUAGAAGGACGGUAACGGAAGUGGAGAAUAAGACUAUAGAGCUAUAGGUCCAAAAAUAAACAUUCUUCUCAUAUUGUUCCACUUAGAACUUCCACGACGUCACCAGGCACUGUAAAACGUUCCUUACAUUAAAGCCAAAAAAUGCAAUAUGGUGAAAAUAUACUCAUGCAGCCCGAGUCACGCAUACAUAACCACACAAGCUAACACUGUUAGCUUCCAUUCACGCUCUAUAAGAGCAGAUUCAGCCAACUUUCGCUUGCGUUUAUCACCAAUUCAAGCUGUUUAGGUCAGGAGGGGAUUGUUCAGUGUUUAUAAUGAUUUUGUGCCACGACUGAGCGGUCUGCCUGGUAAAUACUUCCGCUCACGUAUGUCCCUUCUCCUCACGAUGACAACAUUUCAUUCAUCUUAUAUAUUCAUUUAAUUGAACACAAUCAAUUCAAGCCAGUUGGUAGCUAGCCAGUUAUCGUGAGCGGAUAACAUUUAACAGUGUUCAUUGGAUCCCCACAUAUUUGCUGUCGCGGCAAAUUUGUGAAUCCCAGCCUCAAAACCUAAAGUGAGGUGAGCACAAGUUCAUAUGCUCGGAAGUCGUUCCUGGAUUUACAACAGGCAAGCGAUGUGGAUGGAGAAAAGCCUUCUCCGACAGCUAUCCCGGAUAGCAGUGUACCACUGCUGGCCUCUUCAGACGGAGAUAGAGGUGGUGUCACAACAGAUACACAGAUACAGUACAGUUGCAGUGCGAGCCUGAAAACCAGGCUAAAGGCCAGACCGUGAUUCAAUUCUAUCUGUUCUAUCGAUUAUCUUUCAUUGUCAUUUAAGGAUGCACCGGUCCCUCAGCCACAAGUCAGUAUCAGACGAUGUCCGUGGAAAAGCAACAAAUGUCUAGUAUAUGUCUACAUGACAUUGGAAGACACCAAGUUUCUCUUGGAGCCCUGCUACUGCUACUUAGAAGGAAAUACAGUAUUCACAGACAUAGCGCUACCAGAGCUCCACCAGAUAAUGUAAGAAGUUGUCUCCUUAAAGAAGUCUCAUGUGGGGGCCCUUGGCACUGUAAGGGUGUGAUGCAUACUGAGGAUGUAAACCUGUAUUGUGAUUCUCAGCAUUUAGCUUGUUAACUUCAUUAUGAGUGAAUAAUGGCAAUUGAAGAGACACGGGCAAGGUACUGGCAUUGACUCUUAUCUAUUAAUUAAAACAGUCACUUAUUUUCCAGAGAUUGAUCCAAAACUGGCCUGCACGGCAGACAAGUUGAUUAGCACGCAGGCCUCACAGCUAGAAGACCCAAGUUCAAUUCCACCCUCAGCCAUCUCUGUGUGGAGUUUACAUGUUCUCCCCGUGCAUGCGUGGGUUUUCUCUGGGUACUCCGGUUUCCUCCCACAUUCCAAAAACAUGCUAGGUUAAUUGUCAACUCCAAAUUGUCCAUAGGUAUGAAUGUGAGUGUGAAUGGUUGUUUGUCUAUAUGUGCCCUGUGAUUGGCUGGCGACCAGUCCAGGGUGUACCCCGCCUCUCGCCCGAAGACAGCUGGGAUAGGCUCCAGCACCUGCGCGACCCUCGUGAGGAUAAGCGGUAGAAAAUGAAUGAUCAAAAACUGGCGGAGAACAUCAAGGUCAAGCUAGCAAGAGGGUUUCAGGGGAAGGAGGAGCUGGCUUGCUUAAAGUGCCAAAAAAGAUAUUUUUAUGGGUGUAUCAAUUACUCUGGUUUAUUUAAUAUUUACGGAGGGACGGUAACCGACUGUUCACAUACAUUUUUGGGGGGUCAGGCCUGCAGCCAGACAGUAGGGCUUUAUAGCCGUCCCCGAGCCUGCAGAAUGACAACACGUGAGACAAAAAUAGCGUUACUUGUCAGGGUGCAGGGAGGGCUUCAUACCAAAUAUCACAACAAGCAACGCUGAGCAGCUGGUAGCCACACUGUUGACAGUGUUCAGAGAGUGUGGAAACAAGAGCUUUCUUUUCCAUUCCAUUUGACUUCUUCUGUUUUUCCUUCGGCGAGGCAAGCUGUCCAGCAUGUCAAAAGGCAGCUUCGUCUUCACAUCCAUGGCUUUACACUCCCUUGAAGCGGAUGCGGACAUCCUGGAAAGACACAGGUACAAGCAGCGUUUGGCCUCCCAUCACCUUCUUAGCUAUAGGCUGAAGAAGGAAGCCAGCGAGAGAGUGCCACUGAGGUCCAGCAUGUUCCUGAAGCCGGCCGUGUGCCAAGACGUGGUUAUCCAAAAUGCUGUGUAUACGGGAAACCUGGAGGCCAUGCGGCGCCUCUUUCCUCGAGGAUCCACGGCCAACCUCAUCAUUGAGCCGCAGGGCGGGGAGAUGCGAUGGGCUGCCCGGGGGGAGGGACUUUGGUCCCUGACCUACGAGCAGGAACUGACUACGCCGCUUCACAUCACAGCCGGACGAGGCUUUGCGGACUGCCUGAAAUUCCUGCUGCAACGUGGCGCCAGUGUCGACCUGGCACCUGGUGGCAUAACCGCCUUGCACGAGUCCUGUGCCAACUGCGAGUCUGAGUGUACCAAACUGCUGCUGGUCCAUGGUGCCAAUGCUAAUGCCGUCUCAGAGGAUGGCCGCAUGCCAUUACACUUGUGCACAACACCUGAAUCUUUUGAAUGUGCCAAGCAUCUCCUUCAGUAUGGUGGAGCCAUCAAUGGACGCACUGUAGAUGAAGACGACACACCUUUACAUGUGGCAGCCAGGAACGGCCUACCGAAUCACGUAGAGCUUUACCUACGCUAUGGAGCUGCUGUGGACAAACAGAAUGAUGAAGGUCUCACACCCCUGAACGCCGCCUGCUCCCAGCCACAGGAGCUGCAGGAUCUCCACCGUUACUUCAAGGUGUGUCAGCUGCUGCUGAAGGCAGGAGCUGACCUCCACACCACGGACCAAGACAAACACACCCCUCUGCAUAUGGCGUGUAAGAACGUCAAUGCAGACUUGGUGGAUCUGCUCUUGGCCAACGGGGCCUGCGUUAACAACAUGGAUUAUGGCGGUGAAGCUCCCAUGCAUAACAUCCUGAAGGUGGUGUGCUACAAGAUAACUCAUAGCCCUGAGCGGAUUGUCCGUGCCCUGCUCAACCACGGCUCCAUCCGGGUGUGGCCUGGAGCACUUCCCAUGGUUUUGAAGCACUGCUCUGAGUCGCCACGCACCAUUGAAGUUCUGCUCAACGCCUACAGUCACCUCAAAGUCAACGACACCUGGGUUGAGGCUGUAUCCCCUGAGGUGUUUAAGGAGCACAAGGAGUUCUACGAGUCUGUAUUCUCCCUUCAACUGACUCCUCGCUCCCUGCAGCACUUGGCUCGCUACAGACUCAGGGCCUUCCUAGAAGGUCGGCUGGACAAGGUGGUUCCACAACUCUACAUGCCCACCUUCCUCAAAAACUACUUGCUUCUGGACUACAGAGGUUAUAUCCACUAAAGCACUUUUAAGCACUGAGGAAAAAGAUACCUGCUGCUAGAAAACCAAUAAUAACGUCACAUGCAGCUUUUAGCGCAGUUUGUUUUUUCACCACUAGAGGGAGUUACAGACUAGAUGUGAUGAAGUAUUGACUGCCUUAUCAGGUGUGUACUGUAUGUUGGAACAAAUGCACUUGUUGGGAAAUCGGUAAGUCAGUAAUCAUUUUCUAAUUAAUAAUUCUGUAGAAUGAAUGUGAACAUGCGUCCUACAUAGAGGUUGCCUAAUAAUUCCAGGCCCUAUAUGAUUGUCAUUUUUUGUAUAGUAUCUUUUUGUUAUUUUAAGGAAAAAUACAUCAUUUUAGACAGUUGAAUGCACUUGUUUUCCGUUUCAUUUCAUUGUUUUUGUGCAAAAUUGUAUUUUUCUGAAAACAGCUCAUAUUUACAGCUCUAGCUCUCAGUAAUUAA